UGACAAUCACAUGACUUACACAAGGAAGUCAUAAGCUACUGCAUAAAACACGCCUCUCUGUUGGCUUUCAAACGCACGGAUUUUUCAUUUUGUUUCGAUACCUUGUCAGUGAGGUUUUGAAAAUGAUAGACGCUGGCCGUUUUUUGUCCUUGUUAGCCGCCGUCCAGCUCGGCUCUUGGGCUCACUACGCCCCCGACGAGGUGACCUAUCUCCCCGGCAUGACGUUCAAACCCGGGUACAGGCAGUGGUCGGGACACCUCCAGGCACGGCCUGGAAAGUUUUUGCAUUACUGGUUUGUGACCUCUCAGAGGGACCCGGUCAAAGACCCGCUGGUGCUGUGGCUAAACGGUGGCCCAGGCUGCAGCUCGCUGGAUGGAUUCUUAUCAGAGAAUGGACCCUUCCAUGUAAAAGACGACGGAGCCACUUUGUACGAGAACGCUUUCAGCUGGAACAGGAUCGCAAACGUGCUCUAUAUAGAGUCUCCUGCAGGGGUCGGCUACUCGUACUCCAAUGAUGGCAACUAUACCACUGACGAUGAUCAGGUCGCCGACGACAAUUACAAAGCACUGCAGAGUUUCUACGCCAAAUUCCCAAGCUUUACUCGAAAUGAUUUCUUCAUAUUUGGAGAAAGUUACGGGGGAAUUUACGCACCGACACUCAGCUUGCGUGUCGCUUCAGGAAAUACCGAUAUCAACUUUAAGGGUUUUGCAGUGGGAAACGGUCUCAGCAGCUAUGCCUUCAAUGACCAGGCGUUAAUAUAUUUUGGUUACUACCACGGCCUCUUUGGAGAAGACUUGUGGCGUGAUUUGAACCAUUACUGCUGUGAAAAUCAACGGUGUGACUUCUACAACUCUACUUCAGACACAUGUGUUUCUCUGGUGAACGUGGCCUUUAACAUCGUUUAUGAUAGCGGCCUUAACGAGUAUGCGCUCUACUUGAACUGUGAGGGUCGCCGAGGGUUUCACAAAGGCUACGAGAGGGCCAUGAGUCACCUGUUCAAGGGCUACAGGAAACGCAUCACACAGAUUUCAGGCGCAGCGUCGUUUACAAUUUCUUUGGAAGAAGUGCCGCCCUGCAUCAACAGCACAGCUCAAGCCAACUGGCUCAACAGAGGCGACGUGAGGAAAGCUUUGCAUAUUCCUGACACGCUGCCACGGUGGGACCUAUGCAGUGAUGUUGUCGGCCAGAGUUACACAAACUUGUACCCGUCAGUGAAGGAGGUCUAUCUGAAACUGCUUGCUUGGGGCCUCCGAGCGCUGGUUUACAACGGGGACACAGACAUGGCCUGCAACUUCCUUGGAGAUCAGUGGUUUGUGGAAGACCUCGGAAUGAAGAUUUUUCCCAGGCCACAACAGAGUACCAACCCUGGCACCAUGACCACCAGGUUGCAGGUUUCUACCAGCAGUAUGGAAACGUCACUUUCCUGACAGUUAAGGGUGCAGGUCACAUGGUUCCACAGUGGGCUCCAGGUCCAGCGCUUCACAUGUUCCAGUCCUUUGUAACAAACAGCUACUACUGAGCCAUCUUUGAUGGAGAUGUGGAGUUGUCACUUUUUCAGGGAUUUUGAGGGGAAAAUACAGUUUUUGUUGGACAUAUUUUUGGUUAUGCAGAUAACAUACUUAACUUACAUUUUAUGCAGUGCAAAAAAUGUCUGUACACUCAAAUCACAGUUUGCACUUUAUAGUGAUGCAGAGGGACUUGAAGCUGGUUGCAUUCAAAUUGUAUUUUUAAGAAACCCAAGUAAUAAAUGCAUUCUCAUGUUUGUUAGCAUCCAUUGGCUGUUAUUUUAAUCUGAACUAUAGUGUGGUUAAGAACACAUGAUAAAUGCAGCUAUUUAUCAAUUUAAUUCAAUAAACCGCAGACUGCAGCACCAAAAGGAAAAAAAAAAAAAUCUGACACCAAUGUUUAAAAUUCAAGCAAUGAAAACAAUUCCCUUUUUAAAUGUGAUCUAAAAGACAUACUGUAUGUUCCCUUGUCAGUCCCAAGACAAAUAUUGCUUUAAAAGAUCCAACAUGAAUGCUGUAGUGUUAAGUUCAAAGAGAAGCUCAAGACAAAAGCGUCCCACUUUGGUUUGAGCCUUCACACAUAUUUUGUACACUGAGAUACUAUCUUGUACAUUAAUGGCUUCUUAAAUGUUAGCAUUUUGUACUGUCACAGCAACAUUAUCAAGCCAAUAUUGGUCUGACAUUGUGCUUGUCCUGCACAGCACCUGUGAUUGCAUCAAGGUAUCGACCCUGCACAUUGAUGUUUACUUGGAAGCACCUAACCAAGUUAAAACAAUAGAAUGAUGCAUAUAACUCUUACAUGAUUUCAGCUUGGACCUUAUUUAGAUGGACCUGUGAUUACUACACUUGUUCCUGAAGGAUAAACAUCCACUUUGACAUGCAAUAUAUACAAUUGGUUCAAUUCCAUUAAAAAAAAAAUGUCUUCAAUACAAAGUCCCUUUUUAGGAAUGAUUGACUAGUAUGGAACCACAGCCUAAGUUGCUGGGGGCUGACUGCAUUCACAAAACCGCUUCAGUUGCAGGUAUAAACCAGCACUUAAAAAUAAACAUGCAAUUUAAACAUGACCCAAAAGGAAAAAGUGUCCAGGGUGUCUUCACUUUACUCCUUGUCCUAAAGUACAGAUGUGCAAUGACUUGGCUCAUAAGAAGCAUCCAUGUUCCCAAAAGCAGCGCUGGAUAAACAAAUGUUCCUUUUAGCGGAUAACGUCCUGAUAGAUGGAGUUUGUCGUAGUGAGGCCAAAGAUGAAUGCUCCCAGCGUAACCAUGAUGAUGCCGAACACCAACUGUCCGUGCCAGCUGGGAAUGAAAAGACCAGUCCAUCAUCUGUACACUAUUAUAUACCAUUAACCACACAGGUGUGUGGUCUACAAUAGCAAAUAACCACUGAGAUUUCAUGACAUGUUUACAUGACUAGAUGUGGCUGUAGGAGACCAGGAUGGCAGUAGCUAAAUUUGAAGUGUCAUUACUGGUCAGCGUCCGGCAGACUUAUCUACCUCUGCAUGUUCUUUAUAAUGUUGGUUAUGCUGCUCAGCUGUGUUACUUGCAGUAUUUUUGUGAAGAAUAAACGCUACUUUUACUUUGUUACUCUGACUUUCAGAUGUAUUUAUAAUCUAUUGAUUACUGCUUGCAAAAAAGUAUCCAUCUGGCUUAUUAGAGAUCAUUCUUUAAGCGGGCACCUUAACAUGACUCCAAUCCAACGUAAGUACUAGUGACCUUUGACUCCUUUUCGCCACUCAACCUGAGCCUGGCAGUCACGUGACCGCACUCAUGCUAUACACUGUAAAAAAGGACAUAACAGCAGCACAACUCUUCAGUGUUUACUUACACACUAGAAAAAAGAACAUUUAUAUCAUGCGCUGUCAUCUGUCAAUAAAAAUUAGGGCUGGGAAUCUUUGGGCACUACACUAUUUGAUUCGAUUCUUGUGGUUAACGAUGCGAUUCAGGAUCGAAUCUCGAUUUAAAAUCUAUACUUUUUAAAUAACAUUGGGUGCCACUUAUAUGAUGAACUACAUUCCUCCAUAUAAUAGACACAUAUCUCUGAUACAUUUUUAUAUUACUUACAAUAAAACGGGUUUUGUUUAAUAGAGUUCUACCCAAAAAUUUAAUAAAGUCACAUACAAAUAAGGCAACAAGAGAAGAAUCCCACACUUCUCUUUUCUAAAGUAAAUUUGUACAGCAGAUAUGGGCAUCUACAUCAACAAUAUGAUUUGGUUGAGUGGCUGGCUGGAGAGGACAGGUUAGAAAUAUACACAUAUUUUUACAAUUUUUUUUUUUUUGGCAGAGGGGUUAGUGCAUCUGCCUCACAAUACGAAGGUCCUGAGUAGUUGUGAGUUCGAUCCUGGGCUCGGAAUCUUUCUGUGUGGAGUUUGCAUGUUCUCCCCGUGACUGCGUGGGUUCCCUCCGGGUACUCCGGCUUCCUCCCACCUCCAAAGACAUGCACCUGGGGAUAGGUUGAUUGGCAACACUAAAUUGGCCCUAGUGUGUGAAUGUGAGUGUUGUCUGUCUAUCUGUGUUGGCCCUGCGAUGAGGUGGCGACUUGUCCAGGGUGUACCCCGCCUUCCGCCCGAUUGCAGCUGAGAUAGGCUUCAGCGCCCCCCGCGACCCCGAAGGGAAUAAGCGGUAGAAAAUGGAUGGAUGAAGAAUCGUGACUAAUUUGAUUUUAAUUUUUUUUACACCCCUAAAAGAAAGGUUCACAUUUCAGCCUACAAGAAUUGCACUUCCAACUUGAUAAGCCUUGCUAAGUUGUAGAUGUUUUUAUGUUUUAGCUGGUCAUAUGCUAACAUUAGCCCUGUUAUAACAAUCUCUUCUAAAGUGUGCAUCUUUUGCAGUACAUGCUGUAGUACGGUCUUUCUGUCGCUCUUGCACACCAACUGCAGUUAUAUUGCAAGUACCAUUAAAAAAACAGCUACUAAAUAAAUCAGAAGUUAUUCACCAGUUACUCAGUAUUUUUUCACUUUAUACUAACUCUUACACAAGUAAUUAUUUGGAUGGCUAUUUUGACCUUUACUCUACAGUACUUUCACUUGAGUACAAUGGGCUACUUUACCUACCUAUGGCAAUGUACUUGUUUAAUAAAUGACAAAGUGUGGGCAAAGACAGCUACAUUUUGUCUUCUACUUUCUUGUGCAGUCAAAUGUUUUAAUAUUGUGUUUUUUUUUUAAAUCUGGAAAUAACAGCCCCUAUCCAAGUAUUGCCAGCUU